AUGACGGGCGCAUUCUCAUUCAUUGCAGCUGUAGCAGAACACCCUGGCAGACUUUACCGCAUUACAGUACUUGCCGAGAAUUCUGAAGGCCUGAGUGUGCCAUCACGGCCUAGAUACAUACGUGUAAUUCAUGGUUGUAGUGGAAAUCAAUACAUUCUACCAGAAAGCUCUAUCACAGUGACGUCACCAUUCUAUCCAACAAGGGUGGAGCCUUACUCCAUGUGCAACUGGAACAUAUCAACAAACUCUUCAUACGUACUUAGUUUUGUAAUGGACGAUCUUGACUUUAGAGACGAAAGUUGUACGAAUAGUUACAUCAGGCUAAGUGACACGAAAGAGGAAUAUAACAACAUGUGUUAUGCGAGCAGUACUCAGUUUCUUUCUAAAGGAAAUUGGACGAAGUUGACGCUACACACCGGAAGUGACAGAACUGGAAGAGGAUUCAGGAUCACGGUACGAUCUAUAGUGCCCGUUCCUGAAAAUCUCUCGAAUGUCAAGGUCGUUGCCGUCAAAAGGGUAAUUAAGGUGAGCUGGGAGCCCCCUACCGACUAUAACACGGAUCACAUAACCGCCUAUAGAGUGCGCUACUCGGUCCUCGCAUCUACGAACACACUAGCUGUCACGUUACCAGCUUCCAGGCGAAGUUUUGUCAUUAACACUAGAGGUCAUGAAGGUCAAUUGUAUGUGGUAAAGGUCAGUGUGAUGCACAAAUUCCAGGAAGGUGCGACAUCCUCCCCUUCCUACGUUCGAGCAGCGUGCUCAACACAUAUAGUGUUGGGACCUAACGAAAGAAUUAAUAUAACAUCUCCGGGAUAUCCAGGAAACUACUCUCCUCUCGUAUUAUGUAAUUGGCGGAUAAUUUCUGGUUCCGGUGGCCCAUUUUACUUCCGGACGAUAGCGAUGGACGUUGCAGAGAGUUUAUUCUGUAACAGUGACUAUGUGUCCCUGUCAGGACGGGACAACAACCGGCGAUGUGGUGAAAUUUCCACCCCGGAACAAUUUACCCGGGUGUCGGGGGAGUUAAAUGUGACUUUUGUGACUGAUGAUCUACACCAAGCUAAAGGAUUUAUAAUAGAAGUGAAGUCAGAAAUAGAAACAACACUAUCACAACAGACGAUUACAUCCACCAACACAACAAAAAUCACAGACGUCAGUUCGUCGUCCCUGACUAAAUCAUCUGUGAACACAACAGAUCCAACUGGAGAGACCUACUUCAGUGAACAGUAUUUAACAACACCUGUUACAGCCUACAAUGUUAGAUCAAGUUCUUAUUUAUCAACAAUCGUUCAUUUGAAAGGCGAUAUAUCCUCCUUCGUUCCCACAACAAACACCGAUACCCAAUCGUCAACGUCGUUGUAUUUAUCUUCUGCUACCGUGAUAUCAUCAGAAAUGUCUUCAGUAUCUUACGAAUCGUCUUCUGUAUCAUCUAUUAACGAGCCGUUAUCAUCUUAUUCGACAACAACAUUUGUCGCUACAAUAACGGAGGAAACCCAACUGAGAGCCAGUUUAAGUUCGUCGAACCGAGAUGUUCCAGACACAACAGAAAAUAUAUUUACUAAUUUGGUAGUGAAAUCGUCACUGGGAACAGACUUGCCUUCGUCGACAUCACCAAGUACCAUUCAAACCACUGAUGCGAAAACGUCGGUGGUUUUUAACGAUACUUAUACAACUUCAUCUGUCCAGGACUUGAAAUCUCACUCGUUCCCGGAAACACUUCCCUCCUUACAACCAACCAGUGUCAGUGUUUGUAAUGUUACUACGAAAAAUUCAAAUUACAACGUGACAUAUGAUGUGUGUAUCAAGAUGUUACUCCACAGCCGUGAACAGUCUACAAAGCGAGGCAACGGAAAGCAACGCCUUGAACAAAGCCUACAUGCAAAGCUUACCGGUAUCUUUAACACUACCAUGCUGUUUACUGGUAUUACAAUGUCAAAGUUUGGAACGUUAAAACCGGGAAACAGUCUGGUUCCUGUCUCUGUUGUGGUCAGCUUCAAUCUCUGCGGUCUGGUAUCAGCCAAGAUCUGUGAGCCAUCAUUCCGCUUGGUUAAGCACAUCAACGACACCAGUCUGGACCAACUGACGUCUCAUCCGGCCAUCACCGACCGCUGGGAAGUAGAUCCUGUUUAUCUCAAAAUGUUCAGAUCGACUGCCAUUUUUGAAAACCAAGAAAUCGAUUACGUGUGUGUUCCACCACUGCGUCAAGUAUGUGGAGACUACAGUCCAUGUGAAGAUAGCAUGACCAUCUCUACAGGAUCUUUGGAACAGUCACGUGGUGCCAAAAUGUCAUUUCCGACGUCAUUAGUCGUAGCCGUUGUUGGGAUAUUGUUCGUUCUUGUGUCGUCUUGUGCGGUCAUGCUGAGGUACCGCAAAUAUAAAAUAGAUGGUCGGAAGAUCCAUGCCACGCCUAUACAAGUCCAUGAUAUCAUAUCACAAGAUCAAGACGCUCGAAGAGGAAACAUUAACUUUCAUCGUUUUUCUCAUUACUUCCCCAACAAAUCUCCCUUUCUGCGGACAGGCUCAUUUCCCUCUAAAACAACUCUACAGAGAAGUGAGAUCGAGGAUGACAUCAAAUGCGAUGUUAAUAAACUCGCCUGGUUCAUUGAGGAUAUCGUUACGCUGGAGAAGAGGUUACGGAGGAAACGAAAUGUAAGACGAAGCAACAGUUUCUGAGGAAAUAAAUCUGACGAUGUCUCCAAUUUGAAUCUCACGUAAAGGACAAACAUGACUAAGACUUGACCUGAAUAAGCACUUGACCUGAAUAAGCUGAGAGGAUGUCGCCGGUGAAGCAGAAGAGGCGUACCCUUCCGGAACAUCUGGAUUGUUUCUACCGUUUUUCAAAUAUGUUCUUAUACAUGUUGCAUUCGUUUUGUCAAUUUGGAGUUUUUGUACACUCUACACGACUAAAGAAACGUGUAUACCUUGUUCAUCUAGUUCUGUCUUUACUGAAUUGGUUGUGCACGCCACCAAAGAAAAAAUGAAUAUAACAUACACAAAAUCUCUCUUCAAACUAUAAUUAACAAUUGACUUUUUUGUGUUAUAAUGCUCCCUUUAUUGAUUUUCUGCUUACAUCAUUGGAACGCAAUAUCCAUAUAAGUCCUAAUGUACACAUCCGCGCAUGCACAGAAUGCUGUCCACGUUGCACGUAUCGGAACAGAUCACCCGAACCUUGGCAUCUACUGGCUCAACAAAUACAGGCUUACAUAACUGCUUGCAUGCAAUGGCUGCGUCUUCGCACGCGCAGUAGCACGACGCUCCCUGGUACCAAGUGCUGCAAGACAACACCGUGGUCGUCAUGGCAAUGAGUAGGAAUGCAACUAUCAGCUUCAU